AUGGAAUUUUCAUCAUCAUCUUCAGAGGCAAGCUCCUCAAGGUCCAACCGAGAUGCCAGAUUUACCGGGCUCAACAGUCCCUCUGAGGCAUCAAACACUGGCAAAGCCCCGGAAGGUCCUCCCCAAUUCGACAUCAUUGCAUGGUAUCCAAAGCACCAGAGCUGUCAGAAAUAUUUCAUCGACCAUGCUCAGCAUGAACCCCUUGUUCAAGCUUUUGCAGCCUUCAUCAACAUCUUGCUGCCCUUUCAGCGACAGCCGCAUCCGAUUUACAGCACAACAAGCUCGCGGAGUGGUAAGGCGAGGGUAGAAAGGGAGAGGACAUCCAGCAGCACUUCCGAACCAGCAGCAGCUGCAUCGUCAGUCUCUCUGAUCCCGUACAUCCGUCGUUUGGUCGUUACCGGUAUGGAUGUGCCGCAGGUGCUGCACGGAUUCUUUGGCGAUAACUGGCGGCCUGGCAUUGGCCCCCAGCGGGAACAGGAAAGGCGCAACUAUCUUUUUGCAGCAAAGAGUGGAGGCUGGGCGUCUGUCAAGCGUGACUACGAUAUGCUGCCCCUCGAGACAGUGCCCUUUAUACGGCCACUGUUUGACCCGACCGACGGGGAACUUGAAGCUGCCGAACGGACGUGGAGUGAAUGGCUUGCGCUGGAAGACUGGAUGGUUGGAUCUCGGGCACCAGAGUAA